AUCUUCAAGCUGCUUCAGGCCCCAUUCACAGACGGUGGUGAUGGGCCCAUGUUGCGUCUGGAGGAGCUGAGUGACCAGAGACACGCACCCUUCAGGCACAUCUGCAGGUUGUGUUACCGUGUGCUGCGACAUUCACAGCAGGACUACAGGAAGAACCAGGAAUACAUUGCCAAGCAGUUCCGCUUCAUGCAGAAACAGAUCGGCUACGACGUGUUGGCCGAAGACACAAUAACGGCUCUCCUCCACAACAACCGCAAACUCUUGGAGAAGCACAUCACGGCGGCAGAAAUUGACACGUUUGUCAGCCUUGUGAGGAAAAACCGUGAACCAAGGUUUUUGGACUACCUGUCCGAUCUGUGUGUGUCCAUGAACAAGUCCAUCCCGGUGACUCAGGAGCUGAUCUGUAAUGCGGUGCUGAAUCCCGCCAAUGCUGACAUCCUUAUAGAGACCAAGCUGGUGUUGUCUCGGUUUGAGGUCGAGUCUGGAGAGGGUCCUGUGGAGUCAGAGGAGGAUGAGGAGGAGGUGUGGUUGUUUUGGAAGAACAGUGGUAAGGAGAUCAAGAGUAAGAGCAUCAGAGAGCUGGCACUGGAUGCUAAAGAAGGCCAGAAAGAGGACCAGGAGGUCAUUAGCUACUACAGAUACCAGCUGAACCUGUUUGCACGGAUGUGUUUGGACCGCCAGUACUUGGCCAUUGAGAAGAUAUCAGGCCAGCUGGAUGUGGACCUGAUCCUGCGCUGCAUGUCAGAUGAAUACCUGCCCUAUGACCUCCGUGCCUCUUUCUGCCGACUGAUGCUUCACAUGCAUGUAGACCGUGACCCGCAGGAACAGGUCAUGCCUGUGAAAUACGCCAGGCUGUGGUCUGAGAUCCCAUCCAAAAUCGCUAUUGAUGAUUAUGAUAACGAUGGAACCAGUAGAGAUGAGAUAAAAGAGCGCUUUGCGCUUACUAUGGAUUUUGUGGAGAACUACCUCAGAGAUGUGGUUUGUCAAAAUGUUCCUUUCUCUGAUAAAGAGAAAAACAAACUCACUUUUGAGGUUGUGAAUUUAGCAAGAAACCUUAUUUACUUCGGCUUUUACAACUUCAGUGACUUGUUGCGUUUGACCAAGAUCUUGUUGGCCAUUUUGGACUGUGUUCAUGUCAGUACCAUCUAUCCCGUCAACAAAAUGGAAAAAGGAGACGAGUCCAAAAGUAGCAAUGUAAUGAAAUCCAUCCAUGGCGUUGGGGAGCUGAUGACGCAGGUGGUCCUAAGAGGAGGCGGAUUCUUACCCACAACCCCCACAACCCCCCCAGAUGGUGAUGUGGUGAAGACCCAGACAGAACCAGAGAAGGAAGACAUUCUGGUGAUGGACACCAAACUGAAGAUCAUAGAGAUCCUACAGUUUAUUCUGAAUGUACGACUGGACUACAGGAUCUCCUGCUUGCUCUGCAUCUUCAAACGUGAGUUUGACGAGAGCAACACACAAACGGAUGCAGUGCCAGCUGCAAAUGCAGAUGGGCCCAACAGUAUCCCAGCUUUGGACUUUGAGAACAUUGAAGAACAAGCAGAAGGAAUAUUUGGUGGAAGUGAGGAGAACUCACCUCUGGAUCUUGAUGACCAUGGCGGAAGAACGUUUUUGAGGGUUCUGCUGCAUCUCACCAUGCACGACUAUCCACCGCUCGUGUCUGGAGCGCUGCAUUUGCUCUUCAGACACUUCAGUCAGAGACAAGAAGUGCUCAUGGCUUUCAAACAGGUUCAACUUCUAGUGACCAGUCAGGAUGUUGACAACUACAAGCAGAUCAAAUCAGACCUUGACCAGCUGCGAUCUAAUGUGGAAAAAUCUGAGCUCUGGGUGUACAAGAGACAGGGUGAUGAAGGCAUGGAUGCAGGAGAUGGACUCCCAGCAGAGUCUGACCACAAAAAGAAGAAGGACUCUGGUUCAGGCAAAAAAAAGACAGACGGAAAUGGCAGUGACAAUUACAGAGAUGUGAAGGAGAUCCUCUUGCGUCUCAGCAAACUGUGUGUACAGGAAGGACCAUCAGGGAAGAAGAGUAAGAAACAGCAGCAGAGGCUGUUGAGGAACAUGGGAGCUCAUUCAGUGGUGCUUGAACUGCUGCAGAUCCCUUAUGAGAAGGGUGAGGAUGUCCGAAUGCAAGAGAUCAUGAAACUGGCUCACGAGUUUCUUCAGAACUUCUGCACAGGCAACCAGCAGAACCAGGCUCUGCUCCACAAACACAUCAACCUGUUCCUCAACCCUGGGAUCCUAGAGGCCAUCACCAUGCAGCACAUAUUCAUGAACAACUUUCAGCUGUGCAGUGAGAUGAACGAGCGUGUUGUACAGCAUUUUGUCCACUGCAUCGAGACCCACGGCAGACACGUGCAGUACCUGAAGUUCCUGCAGACCAUCGUCAAGGCUGAGAACAAAUUUAUCAAAAAAUGCCAGGAUAUUGUAAUGGCCGAGUUGGUGAACUCUGGAGAGGACGUGCUGGUCUUUUAUAAUGACCGGGCCUCCUUCCAGACUCUGGUCCAGAUGAUGCGUUCGGAGCGUGAACGGAUGGAUGAAAACAGCGCCCUCAUGUACCACAUCCACCUGGUGGAGCUGCUGGCUGUCUGCACGGAGGGCAAAAACGUCUACACCGAGAUCAAGUGCAACUCCCUACUGCCAUUGGAUGAUAUCGUCCGUGUGGUUACGCACAAAGACUGCAUCCCUGAGGUCAAAAUUGCUUAUAUCAACUUCCUGAACCAUUGCUACGUGGACACAGAGGUCGAAAUGAAGGAGAUCUACACCAGCAACCACAUGUGGAAGCUCUUUGAGAACUUUCUGGUUGACAUAUGCAGGGUCUGCAACAAUACAAGUGACCGCAAACAUGCUGACAUGACGUUAGAACGCUACGUGACAGAAACCGUGAUGAGUAUUGUGACGACAUUUUUCAGUUCCCCUUUCUCCGACCAGAGCACUAGUUUACAGGUGGCGCGUCAUAUGUACGCCUCCAUUUUAAGCAAAAUUACUGAGACCCGGCAGCCUGUGUUUGUACAGCUCCUGCAGGGGGUUUUCAGAGUUUACCACUGUAACUGGCUCGUUCCUGCCCAGAAAGCCUCAGCGGAGAGCUGUAUUAAGGUUCUGUCUGAUGUGGCCAAGAGCAGAGCGAUCGCAAUCCCGGUGGAUUUGGACAGCCAGGUGAACAACCUGUUUGUGAAGUCCAACAAUGUGGUUCAGAAAACCAUCCUCAAUUGGAGGAUGUCAGCUCGCAACACGUCCAGAAGAGACUCGACGCUCACCACUUCCAAAGAUUACAGGAACAUCAUCGAGAGGCUGCAGGACAUCGUGUCUGCUCUGGAGGAUCGUCUGCGGCCCCUGGUUCAAGCUGAGCUCUCGGUGUUGGUGGACGUACUGCAUCGCCCGGAGCUGCUCUUCCCUGAAAACACAGAUGCCCGACAGAAAUGCGAGAGCGGAGGCUUCAUCUCUAAAUUAAUAAAACACACUAAACAGCUUUUAGAGGAGAACGAGGAGCGUUUGUGUAUAAAAGUUCUGCAGACGCUUCGAGAAAUGAUGACGAAAGACCGCGGCUAUGGGGAAAAGCUAAUUGCCUUUGAUGAUGAGCUGGAUGUGGCUGAGCUUGCACCCCCACCAGAACCAGAGGUCCCAGCAGAGGAGUUUGAUCCAAACCAGCCCCAGAAGCAACUGGAGGAUCAGAGAAGGGGUGAAGCGUUGAGGCAAGUUCUGGUGAACCGUUACUAUGGCAACUUCAAGCCGGGAGGCAGGCGAGACAGUUUGACCAAUUUCAGCAAUGGGCCGCUCACCCCCGGCGGGCAGACCAAGACUCCUACAGGAGCUGGUGGGGGUUCAGCAGGCAGUCGAGGGGAGGUGAGCCUGGCUGAAGUGCAGUGUCAUCUGGAUAGAGAGGGUGCGUCUGACCUGGUCAUUGACCUCAUCAUGAAUGCCACAAGUGACCGAAUCUUCCAGGAAAGCAUCCUGCUGGCCAUCGCUCUGCUGGAGGGAGGAAACCCUGUCAUACAGAGUUUGUUUAACAUCUUUUCCUUUCAGAAUUGUAUUGCCACACAUGAAUGUAAUGGCAUUGACAUCAUCAUAGCUCUCAUCCUCAAUGACAUCAACCCUCUCGGAAAAAAGAGGAUGGACUUGGUCCUGGAGCUCAAGAAUAACGCCUCAAAACUGCUACUUGCCAUCAUGGAAAGCCGCCACGACAGUGAGAAUGCGGAGCGAAUCCUGUAUAACAUGAGGCCUAAAGAACUGGUGGAGGUGAUCAAAAAGGCCUACAUGCAGGGAGAGAUUGAGGUAGAACACAACGAUGAUGAUGAGCACGGUGAGGAAGAGCACGCCGCUUCUCCACGAAAUGUGGGUCACAACAUCUACAUCCUGGCCCAUCAGCUAGCCAGACACAACAAGGAACUCCAGGCCAUGCUGAAGCCAGGAGGGACGUAUGGGGAGGGAGAUGAAGCUUUAGAGCACUACGCCAAACACACAGCACAAAUCGAGAUCAUCCGCCUGGAUCGCACAAUGGAGCAAAUAGUUUUUCCCGUCCCCAACAUUUGCGAAUUCCUAACCCAGGAGUCUAAGCUCCGCAUCUAUUACACCACGGAGCGUGACGAGCAGGGCAGCAAGAUCAAUGACUUCUUCUUACGCUCCGAAGACCUCUUCAACGAGAUGAACUGGCAGAAGAAGCUGCGAGGUACUCAAGAGGCCACUGGUAACGCAAACGCCGUGCCUUCUCAGCCCAUUCUGUACUGGUGUUCCCGUAACAUGUCCUUUUGGAGCAGCAUCUCCUUUAAUCUCGCCGUCCUCAUGAACCUGUUGGUAGCAUUCUUCUAUCCACUGGAAGGAGUGCGUGGAGGCACCCUGGAGCCACACCUCUCUGCACUGCUUUGGGCGGCAAUGUUGGUUUCACUGGCCAUAGUUAUAGUACUGCCCCAACCUCACGGGAUUCGGGCUCUCAUUGCUUCCACCAUAUUACGCCUCAUAUUUUCAGUCGGCCUGGAGCCCACACUGUUCCUUCUCGGAGCCUUCAAUGUGUGCAAUAAAGUGAUUUUUCUAAUGAGUUUCGUGGGAAAUCGCGGUACGUUCACAAGAGGAUACAAGGCCAUGAUUAUGGAUGUGGAGUUCCUGUAUCAUCUGCUUUACCUCAUUAUAUGCAGCCUUGGAGUCUUUGUUCAUGUCUUCUUCUACAGCUUGCUUCUCUUUGACCUGAUCUACCGAGAGGAGACACUGUUAAACGUCAUCAAGAGUGUAACAAGGAACGGCCGCUCGAUCGUUUUGACCGCAGUGCUGGCUCUCAUCCUGGUCUACCUCUUCUCCAUCGUUGGAUACAUCAUCUUCAAGGAUGAUUUCAUCCUGACCGUGGACAGGAUACCCAAUAAAACUCUUGAGCAAUCCGCCAGUAAGAUGGGAGAGUUCCUGGCAGGUGCGGUGUGCCGGAAAGGGGAGAACUGUUCCACAGAGACCGUGAUGGAUGGUGUGGGAGUACAAUCGACUGCGGUCGUGAUUGAGGAUAAGGAGAGGACGUGCGACUCGCUGCUCAUGUGCAUCGUCACCGUGUUGAGCCACGGCCUGCGGAGCGGCGGUGGGGUCGGAGAUGUUCUGCGCAAACCUUCUAAAGAGGAGCCUCUGUUUGCAGCCCGUGUGAUCUACGACCUCCUCUUCUUCUUCAUGGUGAUCAUCAUCGUCCUCAACCUCAUUUUUGGAGUCAUCAUUGACACCUUUGCUGACCUCAGAAGUGAAAAGCAGAAGAAAGAGGAGGUUCUGAAAACGACUUGCUUUAUUUGUGGAUUGGAGAGGGACAAGUUUGACAACAAAACAGUGACGUUUGAGGAGCACAUUAAGGUGGAGCACAACAUGUGGCAUUAUCUCUUCUUCAUCGUGCUGGUGAAAGUGAAAGACUCCACGGAGUUCACAGGGCCAGAGAGCUAUGUGGCCGAAAUGAUCCGGGAACACAACUUGGACUGGUUUCCACGGAUGCGGGCCAUGUCGCUGGUUAGCAGUGACGCAGAGGGCGAACAGAACGAGAUCAGGAAUCUUCAGGAGAAACUUGAAUCCACCAUGAAGCUCGUCUUGAAUCUCUCAUGCCAACUCACUGAACUGAAAGAACAGAUGACAGAGCAGAGGAAGCAGAAACAGAGGAUCGGUCUAUUGGGACACCCCCAACACAUGAACGUGAACCCCCAGCAGCCCGCCUGAACCCCUGUUCCACUGGCCAAGUGUCCUACAGCUGUCUCCUGCAGACAUCAAUCGCAUCAGCCUUUCUGUGUGCGUGUGUAUGAACGUGUGUGUGUGUGUGUCAAGAUAUCACAGACACAUCAUCACCACAACCUGCUGUGUACACCCAAAAUAAAUGGCUGUAGGCCACCAGGGAAGUUUAAAAGACUUUCGCCCCCUUCACAUCCAUUUGUGUGCCAAAUGUUUCUGCGUGUUAAAGAGGAAGUGCAUUUGCAUCAAUCACCUUUCACACGGUGAAAAUGAGCUACACUAGAAACUGCACGACUUACAAACAUGUGCUGCAGCCUGUAGAUGCUGCUUGGACACACAUCCUUCUGUAUUGACCCAUAGCAGUCAAUAUUUGAUGUCUUAUUUUUGUAUUUUGUGCAAUAUUAAUAUUUUAAUAUGCAACUACAUCUGUAUAUUAUGUCUUAAAGGGACGGUGCAGUAAUUUAUUUUUCUUUGGUUCUUUUGCUUUAUGAUUGUAAUGAAGUACAUUAGAGACCAGGUACUUGUAGGAAUACUGUUUGCAAAGUCAAGUUUGACGACAGAUACGAUAUACGUAUAUGGGGAAAAACAGCCUUUUUCGUAUUUAAGUUAAUUUAUUUAUAUCAACAUGCUUAAAGGAGAUGCUUAUGCGAAUGCUGCCAAUUUAGAGUUCUUUAAUUCUCAUGAAUAAAAUCAGGUUCUGUUUGGUAUUUAGGAGCUCUUUAUGAAGCUUUUUGUUUGUGCUGUCAGAUUUAUGGCCUUAGAAGUCAUAUACAAAGUAAUAAUAGAUGAACUGUUCAGGCAGUUAAGAUUUUUUUUCCCUUAAAAUAAUGCACUAAAAUAAUUGAACUCGUAUCAUCCUGUCAUUAUAGAGCCAUGUUAUUUGUGCCGUUGUAUAUUCCUGCAACUCAGAAGGUGAAGCGCAGGCAGACAAAAGCAAUCUUUGUCAAGUUUUCUUCUGUAAUCAGUCACAUUUUUCUAGACAAUUUUCAUCUUUUAGCUGAGCAAGGCAGGUCACUUUCUUAAUACUA